AUGUCUGCCAUUUCAACUGCUCUUGACCAUGCUUUCGAGUCCAAGCGACUCCGGUACAUUGCGGUCGAGGACGAAUGCGAUGAUUACAAGUCGGUCCUCAAGGACAUGAUGAAUGAAGCACCUCUGCAGGCUUUGUCCUCUGAGAUGAUUCUCCGACCACAGGGCAGCACCGACGUUCAGUUCCUAGCCACCAUGUAUCGCAAAGCGCUGCUCGGCGUCGCCAUUUGUCUCGGCCCGUCCGAGGAAUCGGCGGGCGACGAGUCGACGUCGGAGAGCAAGGGCCGGCAUGACAAGAAGCCCACCAUCAUCGGCACGCUCUGCAUCGGCUGGGGCGGCAUUCCCGACUCGCUGCGGCACAACCGCAACGCAUACCUCGGCAUCACCUUGGCGCGGCCGUUUCGCGGGCGGGGCUACGGCCGCGAGGCGCUCGACUGGGGCGUCGACUGGGCGUUUUGCCACGGCGGCCUGCACUCGCUGUCGCUGACGACGGUGUCGUGCAACGAGGUCGGGCAGCGGCUGUACGCGUCGGCGGGGUUUGCGUACGUGGGGAGGAGGAGGGAGGUGGCGUGGGUGAAUCGCGCGUGGUACGACGAGCUGAUUUACUCGAUGACGGAGACGGAGUGGGAGGCGCUUAGGGGAUUGCGCAAGGAGGAGAGUUGA